CUUCAGUAAUCAAUCAAAGGAUUCUCCAGAACAGCUUUUAGUAGCUUUCCAAUGGCGAAAACACUUCAUCUUUUGCCUCUGAUUUUACUCUUGAUGCUGAAUGCUGUAGCAGAGGCAAAAUCUCUACCUCAUGAGACUGAGAUAGCUAAAAGCUCAAGCCAUGCAAAAUGCCUAAUCAAGAAAUACAAGCACUGCUAUAAUUUGGAGCUUGUUUGCCCAGCUUCCUGCCCCACUAGUUGCACUGUUGACUGUGUUUCUUGCCAACCCAUCUGUCUUGAUGGCUCUACUUCUCCACCAGUCUUUCUCUCUCGCUCACUAUCAGAAUCUGAUGUUUAUGGCCAUGAAUCAUCACCUGGAAGUUAUAAUGACAAUGAUAACAAUAAUGGCAAUAACAAUGGCAACAACAACAUCGGCAACAAUAAUGGCAAUAAUAACGGCAAUAAUAACGGUAAUGACGACGACAAUAACAAUGAUGACAAUGGUAACAAUGGCAAGCAUGAUGGUAACAGCAAUGGCCACAAUAAUGGCAACAACAACGGGAACAACACUGACCACAAUAAUGGCAACAACAAUGGCAACAACAACGGAAAAAACCAGGAUGAUAAAGGCCAUGGAGAAGACCAUGAUGACAAUGGCCACAACAAUGGUAACAAAUCACCACCUGACUCUCGCACCCCUUUACCGCCAUCAUAUGGACCACCUCCUCAAUAUAAUCCAACUCCAUCUCCUCCAAGUACUCCAACUCCAACCCCUAUACCCUCUUCACCAUCACCAUCAGUACCAACACCAGCACCUCCUACUUCAACAGCAACUCCAUCUACCUCACCAAAGACGGCCAAAUGCAGAAACAAGAACUAUACGCAGUGCUACAAUAGUGAGCAUGUCUGCCCUAGUUCUUGCCCUGGUGGAUGUGAGGUUGAUUGUGUCACUUGCAAGCCUGUGUGUAAGUGUGACAGGCCUGGAGCAGUUUGUCAAGACCCUCGAUUUAUUGGUGGAGAUGGCAUUACUUUCUACUUCCACGGCAAGAAAGACCAUGAUUUUUGCCUUGUUUCUGAUACUAACCUCCACAUCAAUGCCCAUUUCAUUGGCAAGAGGAAUGAAAAGAUGACAAGGGACUUCACUUGGGUCCAAUCCAUUUCUAUCCUCUUUGGUAAUCACCAAAUCUACCUUGGUGCCCUUAAGACCUCAACAUGGGAUGAGUCUGUGGAUCGCCUUGCCCUCUCCUUUAAUGGCGAACCCUUGACUCUCUCAGAAAAUGAAAACAGCAGCUGGCAAUCUGCAAGCGUACCAGGCGUAUCCAUCACGAGAACUAGCAGAACCAACAAUGUCAUAGUUGAAGUUGAAGGGAACUUCAAGAUCACAGCUAAGGUCGUGCCGAUAACUGAAGAAGAUUCAAGAAUUCACAACUAUGGUAUUAAAAGAGAUGAUUGCUUUGCGCAUCUUGAUCUUGGGUUUAAAUUUUACUCUUUGAGUGAUGAAGUGAAUGGUGUACUGGGCCAAACCUAUAGACCUGGAUAUGUAAGCCGGGUGAAUAUUGGUGCAAAGAUGCCUGUAAUGGGAAGGAACAAAGAGUUCCAAACUUCAAGCCUCAUCGCUGCAGAUUGUGUAGUUGCUCGAUUCAGUGGUGACAAUGUCCUCAGUAAGGAAGGUUCUUUGCAGGGUUUUGAGUUACCAAGUUUGAGUUGUGCAAGUGAGAUUGACGGCCAAGGAGUAGUAUGCAAGAGAUAGACAAAUGCAUGGUACAAAUUGACUCAUUUCAUAAUAAAUGAUCUAAGAAUAAAAAUGUCAAAAACCAUUAGAGGUGAAAUAAAAUAGCCUCUGGUUUCGCAAAUUGAUUAUUUUGAUUGG